AGUGUUGUGAACAAAGACUUGUUUGGAUUAUAUGUUUCUCAGCAAGACUAAACAAAUGUUAACAAUGGAUAAGUGCAAACACAUUGGGCAGUUGCGGCUUGCCCAAGACCAUUCCAUCCUCAACCCUCAGAAAUGGCAUUGUGUAGACUGCAAUACAACCGAGUCAAUUUGGGCCUGCCUUAGCUGUUGUCAUGUUGCCUGUGGAAGAUAUAUUGAAGAACAUGCACUCAAGCACUUUCAAGAAAGCAGUCAUCCUGUUGCAUUGGAGGUGAAUGAGAUGUACGUUUUUUGUUACUUUUGUGAUGAUUAUAUUCUUAAUGAUAAUGUAGCUGGAGACCUGAAGUUACUACGAAGUACAUUAAAUGCAAUAAAAAAUCAGAGUUACCAUUGUACCACUCGUAGUGGAAGGAUUUUACGGUCUAUGGGUACAGGUGAUUCUUAUUUCUUACAUGAUGGUGCCCAAUCUCUGCUUCAAAGUGAAGAUCAAAUGUACACUGCUCUUUGGCACAGGAGGAGGAUACUAAUGGGUAAAAUCUUUCGUAUUUGGUUUGAUCAGUCACCCAUUGGAAGAAAAAAGCAUGAAGAACAGUUUCAAGAAAAAAUAGAAAUAAGAGAAGUGAAAAAAAGACAGCAAGAAUUAAAGUAUGAAGUUAAAGCAGAAUUGGAAACUAUCCCUCCAAGAAAAAGUUUACGUUUGCAAAGUCUAGCUCAGUCUGCCACAAUAGAAAUAGUUCCUAUUCAAGUAUCUCUACAAACCCCAGCAUCACCAGCAAAAGAUAAAGUAGUAUCUACCUCAGAAGAUGUGAGAUUGAAAAAAAACAGUGACUCCUCAGUUAAAGGAAGGCCAAUAGUAGCGCCUGGGGUAACAGGAUUGAGAAAUUUGGGAAAUACUUGCUAUAUGAAUUCUGUUCUUCAAGUGUUGAGUCAUUUACUUAUUUUUCGACAAUGUUUUUUGGAACUUGAUUUGAAUCGAUGGCUGGCUGUGACAGCUAGUGAUCAGACAAGAUCAUCUUAUAAGCAUCCACCAAUUACAGAUACAGUAUAUCAAAUGAGUGAAAGCCAAGAAAAAGAUACAGGCUCUGUUCACUCCACAUACUCAAGUUUAUCAUCAGGACUAAGUGGUGGAGCAUUAAAGAGAAGGAAGAUGGAACUUAUUCAACUAAGGGAGCCAAGUUCACAGUACAUUUCUCUCUGCCAUGAAUUGCAUACCUUGUUCCAAGUCAUGUGGUCUGGAAAGUGGGCCUUGGUGUCACCAUUCGCUAUGCUACACUCAGUGUGGAGACUAAUUCCUGCUUUUCGUGGUUAUGCCCAACAGGAUGCUCAGGAAUUCCUUUGUGAACUUUUGGAUAAAAUACAACAUGAACUAGAAACAACUGGUACUAGGUUACCAGCUCUUAUCCCCACUUCUCAAAGGAAACUUAUUAAACAUGUUCUGAAUGUUGUGAAUAACAUCUUUCAUGGACAACUUCUUAGUCAGGUAUGGAUUUUUUUAAAUCUUAUUUUCAUCUUGAGAAAUUGA